CUUCCUGAUGCCCAGAAGAAGUUUUGUCUGUCUAAAAGGCAGACAGCUUUCAAAAUGGACAUUUUACUUGGAUUCUCUGUGAUGAGUGACUCUGUAAUGUCUAUAACUGGACCAUCCACCGACAUGCUCGAAACGCCUCCUUGUUAUCCCUUUGAAGAAAUCAAUUAUGAGGACAUUGAUGUGGAGGAGGUGGUGGGGAGAGGAGCAUUUGGGGUUGUUUGCAAAGCCAAAUGGAAAGGCAAAGAUGUUGCCAUCAAGACAAUUGAGAGUGAAUCCGAGAGAAAAGCUUUUAUUAUUGAGCUUCGGCAGCUUUCACGUGUGAAUCACCCCAACAUCGUGAAGUUGUAUGGGUCUUGCUGUAAUCCAGUCUGCCUUGUUAUGGAGUAUGCUGAAGGCGGGUCAUUGUACAAUGUGCUGCAUGGUGCUGAGCCCCUGCCUUACUACACUGCCUCACACGCCAUGAGCUGGUGCCUGCAGUGCUCCCAGGGCGUGGCCUAUCUGCACGGCAUGAAACCAAAGGCUCUCAUCCACAGGGACCUCAAGCCCCCUAAUCUGCUUCUUGUGGCGGGGGGCACCAUGUUGAAGAUAUGUGACUUCGGGACAGCGUGUGAUAUUCAGACCCACAUGACCAACAACAAAGGCAGCGCGGCGUGGAUGGCUCCAGAGGUCUUUGAAGGCAGCAAUUACAGUGAGAAGUGUGACGUGUUCAGCUGGGGCAUCAUUCUCUGGGAGGUGAUCACUCGCAGGAAGCCCUUUGAUGAAAUUGGAGGACCAGCGUUCCGUAUCAUGUGGGCUGUGCACAACGGCACGAGACCACCUUUAAUCAAAAACCUGCCCAAGCCCAUUGAGAGCCUGAUGACUCGCUGCUGGUCCAAAGAUCCAUCUCAGCGGCCGUCCAUGGAGGAGAUAGUGAAGAUCAUGACACAUCUAAUGAAGUACUUCCCAGGAUUUGAUGAACCGCUGCAGUAUCCAUACCAGUAUUCAGAAGAGGGACAAAGUAGCUCUGCAACAAGUACAGGUACGAUUUGCACCUGUGAGCCUCAGAGACGACAGUCUGUGCAGGAUCUACCAGGCAUCGGGGUAGAGUCCGGCCAGGGCAGCAGAAGCAGCAGCCGCUCAUCCAGUCCGAGUGUGAGGAUGAUGCCUCCUGAUAAGACCAGCAUCAGGGGACCCUUUUCCCCUGAUGACCCCACAGACACCAACGGCUCAGACAACUCCAUUCCCAUGGCUUACCUGACCCUGGAUCACCAGCUGCAGCCCCUCGCACCAUGUCCCAACUCCAAAGAGUCCAUGGCUGUGUUUGAGCAGCACUGUAAAAUGGCCCAGGAAUACCUGAAGGUGCAAACAGAAAUCGCCCUGCUGAACCAGAGGAAGAAGGAGCUCAUUGCUGAACUGGACCAAGAUGAGAAGGACCAGCAGAACACGUCCCGUCUGGUACAGGAGCACAAAAAGCUCCUGGAGGAGAACAAAAGUCUGUCCACAUACUACCAGAAGUGCAAAAAACAGCUGGAGCUGAUCCGGGUCCAGCAGCAGAAGAGACAGGGCACCUCGUGAUCAUACA